AUAAAUAAUAAUGAUUAAUGAAAAAUGUAGUAAAUGAAAAUGAAUAUUGAAUAGUAGUAGUGUUGUUUGACAAGCAAAAUAUAGAAAAAUGGCAAUUAUUCAAGAAAGACAUAAUAUAAGAAUAAGAAAUACGAUUUCUGGUCAGUCCUACCACGAUAUUAUUUUUUGUGAAACCCAGAAACUAUAUACAAGAAAUAAUCAAGAAUUCAACCUGCUCCUAGAGCUGUGUUUUGGAUGUUGUGGAUUUUGAAGAGUUGCUGCUUGCUGUAUUUUUUGAGAAAAUCAAAUCAUGUGGAACUCCUCCAGUUCUGUAAGCCAUCCCAAACCGUGCUGGGGUUUUCUGCCCUCUACAUUCCAAAACCAACAUAGAAAUUUCUGCCUAGGCAUUUCAGAUUUUUCUACAGUACGAGAAAAAUGUCUCAGAAAUCAAAAUUCUGAUAAACAUGAUAAACAAUUCCAAUAUCAUCAGCCCACUGCUAGGGGGUUUUCUCCAUAUAAGUAUAAUUGUCAUAGUGAUGUUAAUGUUGAUGGGUCUUCAAUUAAUGUAUCUGUCUUGAAUACAGAAUAUUCAUCAGAAAAUUCUAGUCACAGAAACAGCCCUAUCAUGGAUGUGAUGGUUGAUAAACAUUGUAAUAUGGUUCACAGUCUAAAUCCAUAUCCUGAAGAUAGUAAUAAAUGGUCCAGCACUAGGUCCAGCAUAUGUGAUAUUGAGAAGUGUAGGAAGAGGAACAAAAAAUGUCUGAAAAGAAAAGCCAAAAACAAACAUUUGAAGCAAAGUAUUCAAGAUAUACAAGAAAUGAUGGAUAUCACUAGUGACCCUGAUGUGUCAAUGAGCAUUUUGAACAGUAACAUUAGUUUGGACUCAUCAGAGACCUUGAACCUAGCAGAUUUUAUUGUGAAUGCCAGAAUAAGUGUUGAGGAAGAAUCACCUGUUUCAGAAACAUGCAAUCCAAAGGAACAGCUGCUGACCAUUACUUCAUAUUCACCUCCAAAAAUUACAUAUUUGAGGAGGGACCGGCAGUAUUCAAUUGCUGAAUCUGAAGACAGCUUUAUAGUGUUUGAUGGUGGGAGUGAUGAAGAAUCAGAAUUUGAUUCCUCCUCACAUUUCUCUGACAAGUCUAAAUGUGAUAGCACAUCUGAUCCGGAAGAAUAUUCAUCUCUAUUCACAAUACCAUCCAAGAAGGUUAGAUUUGCGGAAGAAGAUAAACUUUGUGAACUUCAUCCAAUGAUACACUGGUCAUAUGCUUACCAAUCAGCAAGAAAAGGGCCAUGGGAACAAUAUGCGAGAGAUAGAGAUAGAUUCAAUAAACGAAUCAUCGAAACAGAAAAUAUCCUAUCCCCGAUUCUGAAUUUGAAUCAUAGAAAAAAAGUUUACAAACAACGUUAUGAGGGUAAAGAUAAAUUGAUGUGUUGAGGAACAGUGUAUAAAGUGUAGACAUGUAAAUAUCAACUAUUUUGAUUUUGAAAUGGUGCUAUAAAUUAAUAUUGAUCACACAAAGUAAUAUAAGAGAAAUACGCGAUAUUCUGUUUUUCAGAAUGUCUAUCACAUUUUCAGGUAAAAUAUACUGAUUGAUAUAGAAUCUGUAAUAUUAUUUGUACAUAA